AAGAAUCAGACAACUGCAACCUGCUCAGAGAAUCUCAUUCUAUCCCACCCGCCAGACCUUUCCCAGUUUCCCCUUCCAAAAAUUAAAUAUUAAAUUCCUAAAAAUUAAAAAAAUAUUAAAUCUCGAUUUGCUUCCUCAUCAGCUCAGCUUAGUUUUAGUUCCAUCAAAAUCAAAACCUGCUAUGAUGGGCUCAAACUCAAUCCAAAUCCCAAUCGCUCUGGCCUAUCACACCUCCCCUCCUUCUUCUCUUUCACCUCUCACCUUCUCCCUUCCUCUACUUCCUCGCUCGCCUCUUCAUCCCUCUCUACGACGUCGUUUCCAGACUCUCCGCCUCGCAAUCCAUCGCCGCUCUUCAAUUCUCGCCUCCUCCUCCUCCGCCGCCGGCGUCACCAAUUCCGCGCCGAGAAAUGGAAACUACACCGUCAGCGAUUUCAUGACCACCAAAGAGCAUUUACACGUCGUUAAACCCUCCACAACCGUCGACCAAGCAUUGGAUUUUCUGGUGGAGAAGAGAAUUACCGGUUUUCCUGUGAUUGAUGAUGACUGGAAGCUGGUUGGUGUUGUUUCGGAUUAUGACUUGUUAGCAUUGGACUCCAUAUCAGGAAAUAUAGGAGGUGGUAGUCAACAUGACACAAACUUAUUUCCAGAUGUGGACAGUUCUUGGAAGGAAGGAUUGAAGUCAAUUCGUUGUCUGAGGGAAAAAAGUUUAAAACCAGAUCCACAAACCCUUCUAGCUCCUCAAAUUGAAGGUUUUCAAGCUCUUGCUCUCACCAUUCUUUCCCUCCUUGGUUCACCACGACGAGUCAGAUAGGCCAUUGGGAAAAAGAGGAAGAUAUAACUGCAGUCAGGGAAUUUUUGGCAAAGAAGAAAAGAGUAAGAUAUAGAAAUUAAAAAAAAAAAAAAAACUAGGAACGGGGUGUGGAUUUCGCUACCGCCACCCCUUUUAAAAUUUUUUUUCCUGUUCGGCUAAUAUCUACCAGAUCAGAAGUUGGGGACAUAGUAUUGGAAUUUGGCAAAGCGUAAUGAUUUUACAAUAUGAAUGCUCAACAAUACUAAAUCACUAAGUUCUCGCUAGAAUUUUAUUUCUAUUGGUUUAUGUAUAUUGAUUCCUCUCCUUUUCUUUUCCAUAAGGUUUCAUCUUAUUUCCUAACAAUAGAAGAUUCUAAAAUGUUGAAGAAAAAGAGAUUAUGCUGGUGGCCUUUAUCAUAAAAAGUUGCUAUUGCAUACUAAAAAGUCUUAUUUUACUAUUCAUCAUAUCAGUGGGAAAGUUGAUGUUUGAGGAAUAGGAGGAAAACAAAUGUAUAAUUUUGCCAAACACUCCAUUCAAAUAGUCAUAUGACUCCAUGAUUUAGAUCAGUUUUCUGUUCUGCCAUCACUGAUUCAGUAUCUAGUAUGACUCAAUUUUUAUCAUAUGAAAGCUUUUUGAAGAAAUUAUGGUGGUUAGACUGCACCUGACAUAGUGAUAGACUUUACAUGUGCUAACAAGUGAUGAUUGAUAGAACCUUAGAAAUCAUGUGAUGUUCUUGUUAUUUCUUUUUCAGUUGUACCUGUACUCCCCUUCGAGUGAGUACUGCAACCCAGAAUGUUGUUCAAAUUAAAUUUGAGAUAGUUUAUGUGACCUAGAAUCUUAAAUUGGAGACAGUAUAUUUGUCCUAUAGCUUCUUAUUUUUGAUAUUACUAAGAGAUGUGGUUAGUUGCAUCAUGGAGAACUUUCUAAUUCUGGAUGAGUA